UCUUUUAGGAUGUAUAGUUGACUCACCAAUCGAAAUCACCAAAAAAAGGGUUGCAGAGAGAAAUCUUACUUUAGCCACGAACUGGUUCACAAAAUUUAUUUAUAAAGUGUUAUGUCAAAAUCUUUCCGAUUGUUGAAGACAAGCUCAUUUAUUUCUCUUGUCCUUUUUCCUGUUUUUCCCCUCCAUGCUCUUCUUCCUUUCAGCUCUCUCUACAUGCAUUCGAUGGGGCAUCAAAUUAAUCUCAAUCUCUCAAAACACGAUUCCCUUUUGUCAUUCUUUGGCACAAAACUCCCAACUUCACUCCCAAAGUUAGAAUAGUACACACAAAGAGAGGGCCUCUAUUCCGAACUUGUAAAGAGCCUGAAAUUUUCUAUCCAUUUGGCUCCAAAAAUGAUGAAUUCUUUGGUCAAAGUGAUUCUGGGAUCAAUAGCCUUUGCAAUCUUCUGGGUCUUGGCUGUUUUUCCGGCUGUUCCUUUUCUUCCCAUCGGACGAACUGCAGGUUCGCUUCUCGGAGCUCUAUUAAUGGUGGUCUUUCGAAUUCUAGACCCGGUCGAUGCUUAUGACGCAAUAGACCUAGAAAUUCUUGCUCUUCUCUUCGGAACAAUGGUGGUGAGUGUGUACCUUGAAAGAGCAGACAUGUUCCAAUACUUGGGAAAGUUUCUCUCAUGGAAGAGCACAGGCAUGAAGGACUUGAUAUGCCGAAUCUGCGUGGUUUCAGCUGUUUCGAGCGCACUCUUCACGAAUGACACUUCAUGCAUUGUCUUGACCGAGUUUGUGCUCAAGAUUGCUAGGGAAAAGAACAUCGCGCCCCGCACACUUUUGCUAGCGCUCGCUUCGAGUGCGAAUAUUGGGUCGUCAGCGACUCCAAUAGGGAACCCUCGAAACUUGGUGAUCGUCGUCGAGAGUGGGUUGUUCAGUUUUGGGAGCUUCAUGACAGGCAUGCUUCCGGCAAUGCUUGUAGGGCUCGUGUUGAAUGCGCUCAUCCUCUUGGUUAUGUUUUGGAAAGUAUUAUCCACUCUAAAGGAGGACGAGGAAGAUGUGAAUUCGCAUAGGCUUUUGCCCGCCACCAUGUUCCAUGUACCCUCGAACCUGAACGGGAAUGGGAAUGCUGGUCAUGCAGACACACUAGGUCUCGAGAGCCGAGCGUUUUCGGACGAGCACGAAGCGACGCAUCUAGUCGUCCAUGAGAUGUCGGAGUGUGAUGGAGUAGCAAACACAUCAACGAACUGGAGGAAGAUAUUGUGGAAGACUUGUGUAUAUUUGGUGAUGGUAGGAAUGUUAGUUUCUCUAUUGAUGGGUCUCAAUAUGUCCAGGACGGCGACUGGCGCAGCUCUUGCCCUAAUCGUUCUGGGUUUCGAGGACGCUCGACCGUCCCUGGAGAAGGUUUCAUAUUCCCUCUUGAUAUUCUUUUGCGGGAUGUUCAUCACUGUCGAAGGAUUUGAAAGAACUGGGAUCCCAUCUUCGCUUUGGGAUUACACGAAGAGACAUGUGCAGGUCACGAGUGCAAAAGGCGUCGCUGUUCUUGCCCUUGUCAUCCUUGUGCUCUCCAAUUCCGUCUCGAAUGUCCCAACCGUUUUAUUGCUAGGAGCAAGAUUAGCAGAUUCAAAAGCUUCCAUGUCACUGGACGACCUCAAGAAGGCAUGGCUGAUUUUGGCUUGGGUCAGUACCGUGUCCGGAAACCUCUCGCUCCUGGGCUCGGCUGCCAACUUGAUCGUGUGUGAGCAGGCCCGCGGCUCGCCUCAUCUCGCUUACAACUUGAGCUUUUGGAGGCACCUCAAGUUCGGAGUCCCUUCCACGAUUGUAGUGAUUGCCGUCGGUUUAACACUUAUUAGUUAAAUGAUCAUGAGCUCGAUCACACAUUUUCUCGCAGGUUGCAAAUAUUGCUGAUGAUAGAAUUUCAGAUGAUGAGAGUUUGUAGUGACUUCGACUAAGGGGGCACUCCCGUGGAGUGAAAGGGCAAAAGCUUCAACUUUGUUUUUGUGAUCAGCUACUUCAAUUUAGUGAAGGUCUUGUAUUCUAUGGCAAUUCUAGAGAUGUAGAAAUCUACAUCAAUAAAAAAGCAUACCAAUUCAAUCUCUA